GAAGGAUGUGAUAGUGUUCUUGUUUCCCUUCUCUCUCUCUCUCUCUCUAUAUGUUGUUUCUCCCUCUUCUGUACCAGUCUGCAAUUUGUUUGUUUGUUGAGUAAUCCCAAUCCCAUUCCCAUUCCCAUUCCCAUUCCAGUUCCAACCUUUCUCUCUCUAACUCUGAAAUAGAGGAAACCUAAGCUGAGCAGAGGAGUUUUAAUGUUGUUCAACAACCAUCCCUAAAAUGUUAUUCUUUCCUUUCUUUAAGUCUCCCUCUGAAGUGUUCUGAGAGACUCAGCCAUUCCUCUUUCUGAGCUUUCUUUGCUCUAAGAUCUGUCCCUUAUUAAUUUCAUCCCUCAUUCUGGUUUUCUUUCAUCCUCUCUUCUGCUGUUUCUUGUUUCUUUCUCACUCUUAAAAACAUGAGUAAAGAAGAGUUCUUGAAGAUCCAGACUUGUGUGCUUAAAGUCAAUAUUCACUGUGAUGGAUGUAAGCAGAAGGUGAAGAAAAUCUUGCAGAAGAUUGAUGGAGUUUACACGACAGUCAUUGAUUCAGAGCUGGGGAAGGUUACUGUAUCUAGCAAUGUCGAUUCGGGAACACUGAUUAAAAAAUUGAUCAAGAAUGGGAAACAUGCUGAGCUUUGGGGGCCACAAAAGGGGAAUCAGAACCAGAUGAACAAUCAGGUUAAGAAUUUGGAGAUUGUUGAGAAUGGAAAAAGUGGGAAUAGUAAAGGGGGGGGUGGGCAGAAGGGGGGUGGGGGUGGGGGUGGAAAUGGUCAGGGUAAGGUUGGGGGCCCUAAUAAGGGUCAAAUUCCUCAGGUUAAGGGUUUUCAGGAGAUGAAAUUGCCUCCCCAACUUGCCAAGCCUCCGCAGAAGGGCGGCGCUGGCGGUGGUGGGGGUGGGGGUGGUGGGGGGUUGGGUGAAGAUGAGGGUUUUAGUGAUGAUGAGUUUGAUGAAUUUGAUGACUAUGAUGAUGAUGAUGAAUUUGAUGAUGAAUUGGAGGAUGAAUUGGAUGAUGUUCCUUUGAAUAAGAUGAAGCCGGGGAUGGGACGCGGCGGCGGCGGCGGCGGCGGUUUGCCGAUGCCGAAUGUGUUGAUGAAUCCGCCGCAGCAGGGGAUGCGUGGCGGAGAGAGUAAUGGUGGCAAUGGAAAGAAAGGCGGCGGCGGCGGUGGUGGAAAUAUUCCGGUAAACAUGAAUCUUGGCGGUGGCGGUGGCGGUGGCGGGAAGAAAGGUGGGAAUGGGAAUAACGGCGGCGGAAAAGGGGGUAAGAGCGGCGGAGGACAACCUCAAAUUGGUGAUCAGAACAAGAACGGCGCCUCCGCCGGAGGCGCCAAUUUUAUGCCUAAUGCUGCAAAGGAUGGCAGCGGCAGCGGCGGCGGUUUCAAUCACGGCCCACACGGAAUGUCGAACAUGAUGAUUCCGAUGGGGAAUAUGCCGCCGAUGGGGAAUCUUCCGGCUGUUCAAGGGCUGCCGGCGAUGGGCGGCGGCAGUGGUGGAAGAGGCGGAGGGUAUUAUUCCGGUGGCGGGCCGGAGCAGAUGGCGGCGGCGGGGAACCCGUAUUUGCAACAGCAGCCGCAGCUGGCGGCGAUGAUGAUGAAUCAGCAACGGGCGAACGGGAACGAGAGGUUUCAGCCGAUGAUGUACGCGCGGCCACCGCCGGCUGUUAAUUACAUGCCGUCGCCGUACCCCCCGUACGGCUACCCGCCGGCGCCGGCCGGCGAACAGUAUUCGAUGUUCAGCGACGAAAACGCGACGAGCUGCCGAGUAAUGUGAUGAGAGUAGUGAUGAUAAGUUCUUUUCUAUUGAUCAUCAAAUCAAAAUUAAAAUUAAAAUUAAAAUCAAAUCAAAUCAUCAUAUGCAAUAUUAUACUUGGAAAUGGCUUCUCACUUACAUAUAUAUAUAUAUAUUUAUGAAUUUCUAAUGAAGUUUUAGAUUUAGUUUGAUCAUAGGGGAAUGCUAAAAGCUUGUGUAAUAACAUAUGAUGAUUUUGA